CAAAUAUCUCGCCCUCAAAUUCGUAAGCCUCAAUUUCACACUACGAGUUUCCCGCCACACGUUAUCCGCGUCUUAUCUUCCUCUCUCUCUUGCCCCCCACUGGACAGCAACUCUGCAACCCCAGUCAUGGCAGCCAUGGCGGAAUUAGGGUUUUUGUCUCGCACUUCUCCUCUCCCUGUUCCUCACUCAUCUUCGUCGGCUUCGUCUCGAGCAUCCAGUUCUACUUCCUCUCGUCUAUCUGGCUCCCCGCUCUGCAGGCCCUUCCCUUCAUCUUCAUCGUCUUAUCUCCUCUCUCCCCUCUGUCUCUUCUUGCGCUCACCUGAACGUCUUCGAUUCUCUUCUCGAUUUAUUGGAAGCGAUCCUGCUUCCUUCUCCUUGAGAGGAUCAAUAAUUGCACGAGCCACUGAUCAGAAAGAAGUUCUUUUUGCAGGCCAGGUCAAAGAAGGUGAAGCUUCUGAUGACAAUAUUUUACCGUAUUGCAGCAUAGACAACAAAAGAAAGAAGACAUUGGGGGAGCUUGAAAGCGAAUUUCUUCAAGCACUGCAAUCAUUCUAUUAUGAUAAAAAGGCAAUCAUGACAAAUGAGGAAUUCGACAACCUCAAAGAAGAAUUGAUGUGGGAAGGAAGCAGUGUUGUCAUGCUCAGUUCAGAUGAGCAGAAGCUUCUGGAAGCUUCAAUGGCUUAUGUUGCUGGAAAGCCAAUCUUGAGUGAUGCUGAAUUUGAUCAGCUAAAAUUACGACUGAAACAAGAAGGAAGCAAAAUUGUGCAAGAGGGACCCCGUUGCAGUCUCAGAAGUAGAAAGGUCUACAGCGACUUGACUGUUGACUACUUCAAGAUGUUCCUAUUGAAUGUGCCGGCUGCAAUUGUCUCAUUGACUUUGUUCUUCUUUCUAGAUGAUUUGACAGGAUUUGAGAUAACAUAUAUUAUGGAGCUGCCAGAACCAUUCAGCUUCAUUUUCACAUGGUUUGCUGCUUUGCCACUAAUAUUCUGGGGAGCGCAGUCAAUCACUAAUGUCAUUCUAAAAGAUUUUCUAAUCCUGAAGGGACCCUGUCCAAAUUGUGCAACAGAGAAUGUCUCCUUCUUUGGGACAAUACUGACGGUAUCUAGUGGUGGCUCCACAAAUAAUGUUAAAUGCUCAAAUUGUGCAACUCCAUUAAUAUAUGACUCUGGAGCACGUCUGAUAACCGUCUUUGAGGACUAAAAGGGGUAGAUCUAUGAAUGAGAAGAUCAGCUCCAAGUGCUAGUAAAUUAUUACUUGGGAAAGGCAAGUUGCUCUUAGCCUGGGUGUGAAAUUAUCUUCUCAGGUUGACAAGAGGUUUAUCCAAUAUUUUGUAUCCUCCAUGUAUAUGUAUUAACAAAUCUCGUGUCUGUAAUAUAUUGCUUCAAUUGAGAAGUUUGUAUAGCAUUUAGAUACAUGUAGCUUUUAAAAUAUGUUCAUAUGUAAGUAGUUUCAAAUGCA